GUGCUCCACAGGUGUGGUGUCACAAUGCAUAAGAGCCAGAAGAUAACAGGUGGAAAUGCGGUGUUUUACAAAUCAAUCAAACUUACGACGGAAAUAAGAUCUGGAUACCUGUUCAAGUCUCCUCCCCAAAAAGGGUUGAAGACAGAGAAAUCAUGGAAGAGGAGGUAUUUUGUGCUGUACAAAAUCAGUGAGCAAGAGCACCUGCUGAAGUACUUCCGGAGUCCAGAGGAAAAGGACAAGCCCCUUGGAGGGAUUGACUUAACGCUUAUCUCGCUGUUGCAUGUGAGCCCUGAAAAGCACCAGAGAUGGAAUUGGGUCCAGAAGAGCUUCAAGUGCUCCCCAUCCUGCGUGCUCUACAUCAGGGCGGCGGAGCGGGACUACUUCCUCAUCGGGGAGAACCGGGAGGAAGUCAACGGCUGGUUCGCCGACCUGGUUGAAGCCUUGAAAGACCGGCCUCAAACGUGUAUGAGUUCACAGGAAGUAUCUAAUGGGCAGCCAACAAUCGAGGUUACUUCAAACCCCAUUUCGUGGAAAAAGAAAUCUGCAGCUGUGCCUUUUGAGGUUGGUCCACAAUGUUGCAUGCCUUGCAUUAACUUGGCUACUCCUUCUAAAUGCUUGCACCCUGUCGGUGUGGUUCUAUCUCUGAUGCAUCUGGACGGACGACAUCUGUCGACGGCCGUUCUGUAUGACUCUAUUUGUUGUGAUGGUUUCUUUUUGUGACGGGAAAAGACAUGUGUCCUCAUUGUUAAUCUGUACACAUCAUUUCAUAUAUCUCUGGGGGUCAUUUGUACCUUUAUUUGACAUUGGACACUAAAAAAUGAGAAUAGAGAGAGAGAGAUAGA